AUGAACGGCCUAGAUUUCUUCUUCUCGCCUUCAGCCACCGUCGAUUCAUCCACAGGAAACAACGGAGAAGGAGAUGAUGAUUGGGGAGAUUUCGUCGAUUCUUCCCCCAAUCCAAUUGUUUUCUCCGCGGAUCGAAACGGUGCCGAUUCGACGCCCAAUCGGAUCGACUCCGAGAAGAAGAGUCAGGCGCAGUGGGUUACUCCCCGUGGUCCGGUGCCACUUUCUGUGUUCGGAGAGGAGGAGGAAGACGAUGAAUCAGGUGCGCCGGUUUCAUCGUUUAAAUUCUCAUUCGAUUCGUUCUCCGGAAAACACAAUGAUAGCACCGAAUCUGUGAAGAAAGCAGUGAGUACUAAUCCUACUGUAGAAAUCAGUGGCCUGAUCGCAGAUCUGUAUAGAGAAAACGGACGAAAUGAGCAGAAUUCGCCAGAGUCAUUGUCGAGCCGGACAAUCGAAAAUUCAGAUUCCAGAUUGGAGAAUUUGAGCUGGAAUCCAUUGAAUUUAGAUACGGAAAGGUCUGAAAAGACGAGCAAUGGGGUGAAUUCAAAUAUAAUUGGAGUCACUUUGGAUUCAAAUGAUUCAGAUUUGAGUUUUGUCGAUAGAAACGAUGAUGAUGGUUGGGAAUUUAAGACGGCCGAGUCUAAGGAAGAUGAAGCUUUAUGCUUUGUUCUAAUACGUUUUUGGAUAAAUUUGUUUAAGCAGGACGAACAAGAGAACGUUAAAAGUGGAUCUGUUUUAAGUUCAAGCUUUUGGAGUUCACCUACAAAUGCAACAGAUCCAAAUUUUGAUAAUAGUAAAAUAGAUGUAGUUAAAUCUGGUUUUGACCUGGAAAACGGAGAUGACGAUGAUACUUGGGGCAAUGGCGGGUGGGAGUUUACGGUUGCUGAAUCGAUAGAGCCAAAGAACGAUUCAACAAACAAGGAAUCUAACGGCUGGGAGUUCAGAUUCGAUUUUGAACCUGCUUCUAAAUUUGAAACGACCACUUCUUUUCAAUCGAACGUUGAGAAAGCGACGCAAAAGAGGGAAAAUAGCUCGAUUUCGUCUUCAAGAGAUGCAAAUGUGAAUUCUGGAGGAGAUUCGUGGGCUUUUAAUCAGCCAUCUUUGGAAACUGCAAAAGAGGAGAUAGAGGAAAAGGAAGUGCAGAUAAACAAGCCCAAGGGAGUCUUGCCACUAUCCUUUUUCGAAGAUGAGAAAUUGGAAAACACUUUAUUUCAUGAGGAUAAUUUUGUUUCAGUCAGCGAAUUUUCCGCGAGGAAGGCUCCAAAUCCAAACGUGUCCAUCAAUGACCUACUCUCUAGUUUAUACAGUCAGGUGGAGGAGAAGAAUGCUGUUAAUCUAUCACAAAAGUCUGCAAAUGGUGAGGAUGAUUCAUGGGAGUUUCAGGGGCCCACAAAGACCAUAGCAGAAGGUGGUGAUGAUUUUGACAGUACUUGGGAGUUUCAAGGUCCUUCUCUGGCAUUGAAUAACUCUGAUGUUACAGAAGGUGUCGAUGAGUUUGACGAUGAUUCCUGGGAGUAUCAAGGUCCAACACAGCCUGUGAGAGAUUCAACGUCGAGGAAAGGAGAAUCUAAACAUGGUUCUGUGGAAAAUGAAGUUGAGAAUCGGUUCUCUGUUCCAAAUGGUUUUAGAGAAUUGCAUGAAAAACCAGUAAUUAGCAUAGAGCCUAGUGAUUUUCAAGAUCUCUUUCAGAAGCUGAAGACUGAACUAUACUACAUUGCUCUAAACCAUCUUGAGUCUUUAAAGGAAGCUCGUGACUUGGCUGCUGAUUCUAAUGAAGUUGCUGAAGUUAAAAAAUGCGAUGGUGAAAUCCGGGAUCUGCAAAACUUUCUGAACAAUGAUGUUUUGAUCCGUGAAGUCAACGUGGAAAGUCUCCAGCAUAGACCUUUUGGUAUUACUGAACUUUAUAAAGCUCUCCAGGAGCCAAAGUUUCGAGCGCUUGAUUCAGAAGAUCUCCUCUCAGAGAGAUUGUUAUUAGUUAAGUUCCGUUCGACCUUCGUGGCAGAGAAGGACUCGAAAUCAACGAUUGAACUUCUCAAACACGCCACGUCGACUCUAAAGAUCCUAAACUUAGGUUCAUCUGAGCAACAGUCGAAAUACACUUCAAGUUGGUUCGUCAUUGCUUCGACCUGUGCUCAAGAACUGCGACACGCUGCAUCAAUUUGGAAAGAAGUGAUUGAAAAUGAUGUUCAAGAAGAAAUCCUAUCUAAACCUCAAGGGAAGAGCUACGUUCUCUCAGUGGGAGAAAUUUACAGAAUAAUGAAAAUUAUGAGAGCCUCGACGAGAUUAUAUAAACUAUGGAUUUUAUUAGCUAAGGCAUCAUCCAAUGUAUUGGCUGUUUUGGAUGAGUGUGCGGAGUUGUGGUUAAGCUCUGGAUUAGACGAAGCUCUACGGAAUAAUAUCAACUGUGACCAUUCUGCUGAUCAAUUUCUAGAAUCAAUCGAGUGUAUAGAUGAAAUUGACGCUUUCAAACUUCACACCUGCAUCACCUCAACUACAUCACCCACUUGCUACAUCUCUGGUUUAAAUACUGAGAUAGUACCAGGAAUCAAGAUGGUGAAGUGGAACGAAGAACAUUACUUGGUGCCUCUUGCGAAUCUAUGGGCCAAUCUCAUCAGCCGUGAUCCACCCGACCUUCCUGGCCACAGAUUUCCUGCUGUGUCUUAG